AUGAGGCAUUGGCUUUGUUGCAAUAUCCGGAGCGGUGACGACGACGACAGACAUGAGGUGGAACAUUCCAAAGCUCAGGGGAAUAAGAUAGACGGCAAGCAAAAAUCUUCGAAACCUGCUGAUCAACCUGAGCCAGAUAUUUCCCCUCCUACAAUUGAUGUCCCAGAACUGUCAUUUGAGGACUUGAAAGAAAAGACUGACAAUUUUGGAUCGAGUUCUCUGAUUGGUGAAGGUUCAUACGGACGAGUAUAUCAUGCUACCAUGGAUGAUGGCAGGCAAGCGGCUAUUAAGAAAUUUGAUGCAUCUGAAAAUGAGCCUAACGAUGAAUUUUUGAAACAGGUCUCACUUGUAUCAAGGCUAAAACAUGAAAAUCUUGUGGAGAUGCUGGGCUACUAUGUGGAGGGCAACUAUCGUAUACUGGCAUAUGAAUUUGCAACAAUGGGUUCUCUUCACGAUGUUCUGCAUGGAAGAAAAGGAGUUCAAGGUGCGCAACCUGGCCCCGUGCUUGACUGGAUGCAGAGAGUCAAAAUUGCUAUCGAGGCGGCAAAAGGUAUAGAGUACCUACAUGAGAAGGUUCAGCCUUCAAUCAUCCAUCGGGACAUCAGAUCAAGCAAUGUGCUUCUGUUUGAGGACUUCAAGGCGAAAAUUGCGGACUUCAACCUCUUAAAUCAAGCUCCUGAUAUGGCAGCACGUCUCCAUUCGACUCGUGUAUUAGGGACAUUUGGAUAUCAUGCGCCAGAAUAUGCUAUGACUGGCCAGCUGACACAGAAGAGUGACGUCUACAGCUUUGGCGUGGUUCUUCUUGAACUUCUGACUGGAAGGAAACCGGUCGAUCACACAAUGCCUCGGGGGCAGCAAAGUUUAGUCACUUGGGCUACUCCAAGAUUGAGUGAAGAUAAGGUGAAGCAAUGCGUAGAUCCUCGGUUGAAGGGAGAAUAUCCUCCAAAGGGAGUUGCUAAGCUUGGUGCGGUGGCAGCUCUGUGCGUGCAGUAUGAAGCAGAGUUCAGGCCCAACAUGAGCAUCGUCGUCAAGGCGCUCUCUCCUCUGCUACAACAAAGAGCAGCAGCCCCGGCAGCCUCGGAGCUGGCCCCGGCACCCGGGGCUUAG